GAAGACAGGCGGUAAGACGAUGACAGCACCUGUCGGCAGGCCAGGCCAGGCUUCUCCCGAGUGGGGGGACGCUGGAACUGUGGCUUGCCCUGAUUGUUCGAAAAGGGUUUGCCAUGAAUCUUCUGCGUCGGAGUGGGAAACGGCGGCAUUCAGAGUCAGGUUCAGAUUCGUUGUCGGGAAGCGGCAGUGACAGCAGUGCCAGCCUCCAGCUCCUCUCCCGGACCGUGCUGAGCCCGCCGCCGGGCCUGGGUCGCUGCCUGAAGGACCGUGGCCGUCAGUCAGCCGCAAAUGCAGGAAAGUGCAAGCCUACCGCUCCCGACUGCCAAAUAGACAAGCUACUAUUGGCAAAUUGGGAACUUCCUAAAGCAGUUCUGGAAAAAUACCACAGUUUUGGUGUAAAAAAGAUGUUUGAAAUGGCAGGCAGAGUGCCUUUUGCUCGGACAAGUCCUGGAAGGAAGAAUUUAGUCUAUUCAGGUAUCCAAAUUUAUGUAAACUAAUUACUAUUUUUAAGAUAUGAUUCAAAGAGCACUCCAUUGGAGUAGUUAUGGUUCUUUUAAAAGGUGAAUGAGGCAGUGCUUUAAAACUAGAGAAAAUCUUAAAAUAUGUGUGAAAAGUAGAGUUUUAUUAUAUGACUAUGCGUGGGGAAGCAAGAAAA